UACGACGACCGUUACGAUUGGUGGACAAACGGUAGAACAUUUGGUCUGUUGGCUAUUUCCGAUCUCGCCCGGCUAUGAGAAUUGUCAGACGACGUGGCCGAUGAUGAAGUAUGGUGGGCAGUGCAAAUAAAACGGUGAUACUAUCACCAGUUUCCGAUAUGUCACGCAGCGAGGACAGCGAGGCUUAAUAAAGUAAAAAAGUCGGUAUUGUUGCGUUGAAUUGGACUCUCCGGCCGCGUUCCAACAACGUCGUUUCGAUCCUCUCGUUGUCGCACGACGUUGUAACAUGGGUCUGUGCAAGUGUCCGAAAAGAAGAGUAACGAAUCAAUUUUGUUUUGAACAUCGUGUCAAUGUAUGCGAACACUGCAUGGUCACCGGUCACCCGAAGUGUAUAGUGCAGUCGUAUUUACUGUGGCUCCAUGACCAUGAUUAUAAUCCAGUCUGUACGCUUUGUUCGGACAAAUUGAGCGAUGGAGAUUGUAUAAGAUUAACGUGCUAUCAUAUGUUUCAUUGGGUGUGCUUGGAUCGAUAUGCCAGAGAUUUGCCAGCAACUACUGCACCAGCGGGAUACACUUGUCCCACGUGUAGAGUGUGUAUCUUUCCACAACCAAAACUGGUAUCCCCAGUCGCAGAUGUUCUGAGGGAGAAAUUGGCCACUGUCAAUUGGGCUCGGGCUGGUCUUGGUUUACCAUUGCUAAGUGAAGACAGAGAACAAAAACCAGAACAGGAACGUUCUUCGAUAAUCGUGGAGAACUCUUUAUUCCAAAAUCAUACAGCUGCUAUACCAUCGUCACCUACAGUAGCUGUGUCUCGUACAAGCAGUACUAUAAAUUCAAAUUCCAUUGUCAGCAAUGUACAUGCAAAUAAUCAGAAGCUUGGUCCACCUUAUUCAGUCGUGAAUAUUGAUUCGUCUCUAGGAUUAUCCACUCCGGCAUCUAGAAAAGUAUGCGAAGCUUACGACGAUCCAAAGGACAUGUCCUUUGAUCAUGAUGAGAACAAAUACCAACGCAAGUCAGCCAUAGAAUGGUUCCGAAGAUGGUGGAAAUUGAUAUCAAGAGCACCAGUACGACGAAAAACUGCAGGAUCUAUAUAUAAAAGAUAUGCAGUAUUGGUUGUCAUUGGUAUAUUAUUCUUUGUUGGAAUUAUUUUGCUCUUUUCGUGGCUGGGCAGAAUGGCGACCGAUGGUGAUCCAAGUUUCAACGUAAUAGCGAAUCCUAAUCUGAAAUUUGGGGAGAAGUCUGUAAUUUAAUAUAUUACGAGCAGUGAUACAACAAUAAUCAGUCUGUUAUAAGAGAUGGAUGAAAUAAUCUCUGGAAAUGCAAGAGAUGUGGCAAUCGCGAAUACAUAAUUGGAAUGCAGUUAGAAUUGUGAAAAAGCACAAUUUUGUGGGACAGUAGGACAAUCUAUAAAUUAGUGUAUGUAAUAUUUGUUAAUUUUUAUGUAAAUUAUAUCUCAGCGAAAUUGUACAUUUAAACCUGUAAAGGCUUAUCGAUUUAUAAU